AUGGCUGAUAAAUUUACCCUUCCAUUGCGCCCCCUGGUCGAAAAGCGCGACCAUCCGGAUCCGUUGCCUCUUGAGAUUGCCCAGAUUAAUGCUCAGUGGGGAUCGUUCCGCGAUGUGAGUGAGGAGAGCCUGCGCGCAAAGAUCGAGGAGGAGAAAAGCAAGGAAUACACAAUUGAGGAGGAGGAGGGUGAGGGUGCCGAGCUGGACACGACAGAGCGCUUGGAUCAAUUAUACAAACGACGAGCAGAGAUAAUUCAGUUUGCGAUGCAGGCACAUAUGGAAGCGAUGUUUGCUCUCGACUUUAUUUCACUGCUCCUCUCCAAACACACCCCGCGUCAGGCCGAAACUUCCAUGUCCGCUUAUCUGAAGCAAGUUGCACCACUCGGUUCACUCAAUGCGGAAAUCAUCAGCCCUCCGCCAAAGUCCGAAACUGUGGUUAGAGACACAAAGACCGUCUCGCGUGGAUGGAGACUGCAGAGCUUCAAUGCUGCUGCUGAUAAGUUGUUGAAGUCCGCUUCAAGACUGGAAAAUGAAGUCGCUUCCGAGACGCGAUAUUGGCAUGAAGUGUUGGCAGUCAAGGACAAGGGCUGGAAAUUGUGCAGGCUGCCCCGUCAGGGACAAACCCUGGGUGUGCAAUAUGGGUUCCUUGAAGCCACCCCGAUAUUCCGCGACCGAGGCCUCGCAGCUCUACGAAGAUCUGAAGAUGGCGCACUCAUACUAGACAAAGGAUUGGUACCGACAAAGGCAAAGACAGUGCGUGUACGUGUGAAGGACCGUGGCAUCAUCACGGGCUGUUCCAAGCCAUACCGGUCGGCCGCCCAGGACCCAGAUUCAAUCGAAGGCCGUAUCCUUCAGGCGCGAGAUACACUGUAUGAGGAGGAGCUUUUCCACGAACUGUUCCGAGAGGCGAGGAUAAUGGGUAGCCAAGGUGUGACGACACGCCAGAACUUGGUUCAAUUCCCUGUGUCCAAAGAGCAAGACAUUCUCCUGGACCUUGUGGACCCCGACCAAGAUACAUAUGUCGAUGGCGAGGAGACGAAAUCAGAAGGACACAACGUGCUUGCCGACGCACUUGCGCACUCCAUCCGCAUUCUACUGUGCUAUGCUCAUCGUCAAAACCUACGUCGAAGAACACAACCGCCUCCUCCAUUGUCUCCGAAGCGACGUCAUAUUCCCGAAUACCAGCUGCUGCGACCGAUAAUGGCAUACUUGCAGCACAGCUUCCAUGUCCGGUGGCUAGAGACCUUUAUGAAGGAUGUGUAUGGAGUACUUCAAUCAGCAGGCCUCAGUUGUAGCUUCACUGCGACCCCCUAUUCAUCGGUGAACCUUUUCAACAUUGAUCGCUCGGUCCCGAAGGUGGAGGGUCUGAUCAGACAGUUUCUUAUGCCACUUGAGUCCACAUUCUCGGCGGAUCUGCUCACACCGCAGAGCUCUUUCAAAGUGAAGACACGCACCAACCUGUCGGUACCACCUUUUGGGACUCAUUUUGAGAUCUCACUCAACCUGCCUCACUACCCAGACGUCCAUCCUCCGAACCGCAUUGGGCUGCACGACCAGGCCGCAACGAUCAUUACGCAUUUCAUAAUGCUAGAUAUUGUCGCGGCGAUUGAAUCGCAGACCUCACCAGCUUCGAGCAUUGCAAAGACUGAAGCCAAGUCUGUCUCUUGGGAGGCGACGUAUCCUCACCAUGGGGAGUUGCUGGCCGUUUCCAAUGGAAAACAGAAGAAGACGAAGGUCAUUCUGUCGCGGGAUGAGCUGGUUGUUCAAACCUACGAUGUGCAGGGCGCUGAGCGUUACAGCCGUGCCACACCAGAAACGACACCCGCGUUGCAGACGCACACAUGGAAGGCAGGCCCUACAACGGCCCCAAGCCUCAUGGAGUACGUUGCGACUGUUUCACAACGGUAG